AUGUGGACAAAUGUGUUCAAAAUCGGUGGUUUGCAUCAGAUAUCGUGGUUCCAAUUUCUUCCACAGGAAUCUGAUUUCAACUCCCUUCCUGAUAAGAGUGCCAAAGUGGACAUGAAAGAUGCUAUGACAAUGCUGGUGCUUUCUUCACAUUUGCAAUUGCAAAAGGAAGGAUUUCUCAGCUCAUGGACAAAUUCUUUUGUUGGACCCUGGGACCCAUCUCAGGGCCAGCACAACCCUGAUGAGAAGAUAAAGCUGUGGCUUUUCCUCCCCGGUCAACAUUCCUCCGUGGUUGAGAAAGCUCAGCCGGCUCUCUCUAGAUUAAGAGUUCUUGCAUCUGGACUUUGGGUGGCACCUGGUGACUCAGAAGAAGUUGCAGUAGCCCUAUCCCAAGCCCUAAGGAACUGUAUAGAAAGAGCUCUCAAAGGUCUUUCAUAUAUCAGAUUUGGCGAUGUAUUUUCAAAAUACCAUCCAUUUACACGGAGUGAAGAGCUGUUCAGGAAGGGUCAGCCCGUGGUUGAGUUCGUUUUUGCAGUCACUGAAGAGGCAAUUUUUGUGCAUGCCAUUGUGUCUGCCAAGCAUGUUCGAGCACUUUCAAGCGGUGAUGUUGAAAGAAUCUUGGGUCAUUCUUUUAAGCGCUUCGACGAUAGAACACCAGUUAUUGUCUCACCUCAUGGAAUGUGUGGGAAGCUUACAGGAUGUUGUCCAAGCGACCUUGUGAAGCAAGUGUAUCUUAGCUCUGGCAAAUCUAGAGGUUCGAAUGGAAUUGUAGGUCUACCUUACCAAGUUUCUCAGGGGUCUGGUUAUCAACUGAGGGGACAAAACUGCUAUGUUGAAGUUACCCUUGGCUGCUCAGACAAGACAUCACAACCAAACACGCGGCAUAAAAACUUACCUCAGCCUCAUAAUACUGAAACCCCUGCAAUGGCAAAAGUUACUCCUAUGGGGACAUCAGAUCAGUUUCCAGCUUGUGAAAGAAUGUUUAUUUAUCCAGCAGAGUCUGUACUUGUACCAGUUAUGCAGACUUCUUUUGCUAGGUCAUCUUUAAAGAGAUUCUGGCUGCAAAACUGGGUUGGUUCACCAUUGUCUGGUUCAUCCCUUUUUAUGCCUUGUUUUGAUUUUGGAAGUGAUGGCAAGGCAGAUUUAAAAGAUGGAUCUUCACUUGAACCAAGUGGCACUCACUCUCAGCAUGGAUAUCGUAGCAGCAGCAACAGUAUUAGUAGCAGUAUUUGCAGCAUAAGUAGCUCCACCACUGACAGUGAUAACAAGGCCUCAGGAGCUGGUGAUCUCGAGGCAGAUGCUGAUUCUUUAAUGUGUAGACAGUCUGGAUUGUCUUCCAUUGACCAAUCACUGAAUGAUGGCCUCAAAUUGGGUUCUAAGCGCCCACGAGCAGGGACGUCAGAGUCAUUUGGUCAUGCUGGUGUGAUUAUAAAUCCUCCCGCUAGUGAUUAUGGUUCCAUAGAAGUCAAUAAUUCAUCCAUUGCUGGAGUUGCAAAUGAGCAAAUUGGAUCUCGUUGGGGUUGGGAUGACGACGACAAAGGCAUGUGCAUGGAUAUUCAAGCACUGCUUACUGAGUUCGGUGAUUUUGGUGACUUCUUUGAGAAUGAUGCUUUGCCUUUUGGAGAGCCUCCAGGAACUGCAGAGUCUCAAGCUCUCAUGUUUUCUGCACCUGAGUGUGGAGAUGUAGGUAGCAGUCCCGGAACCUCGAUGAUGGAUGUGUCUGAUCAGAUGCUUCUCCCAGUAGGUUUUCCAUCCUUUGACAACUUUACUCCCCUACCACCUCCUGCUGCCAUGGAAGAUUCAGCAAGCAAAAAUCAAGAAGCUUCAAAAAAUGCUUCAGCCUCUGCUCCUAUGAACUACACUCCACAAUCUUCUGGUGGUGAGUUUGAUCAUCUAAUAAAAUCUGAAGCACUAAUGACAUUUGCACCUGAAUAUGGGGCAGUUGAAACCCCUAUAGGUGAGAUCUCCUCAUCUAUUUUCAAAAGUCCAUACAUUCCAAAAUAUUGCAAAGUGGAUACUGCUUCAAGUUCAAACAACUAUGUAUACUCUGCAACACCACCUUCUUCUCCUUGCUUUGAUGGGUUUGAGGAAAAGUCUGUGUUGACUGUAAAAAGGAAAGCUUGCACAGAAAGGCAUGACACAAGUCCUCUUCUCAAAUUAAAGAGUUAUUACACUCUUGUUGAAAGAGGAAAACAGCCAAAUGGUGGAAGGUUGCCUGGCUGUAACAAUAGCAUCGCCAAAGGUGAGACAGUAGUCGCAUCAUCUCAAUCUUCUGUUUUGCAUCCAACUGAUAUUGUCAAAUCUGUUUCCGAUAAAGUGAAGGAAGGUCCCACCAGAGAAGAUAAUUUUCACCCAUCUUCCAAAACUGUCCUUGCAACAGAAAUUGAAUGCCUUGCUUGUCAGUCUUCUAUGUGCAGGCUACGGCACACACUAUUAUCUUCUAGCAACACUUUGGCUACUGGUUUUAGUGGGUCUUCUGGAGCUAGCAUUCUGAAUCAGCCGUAUGCUGAUCCAAGCAUCAUGAUCGACAAUAUUUCGAACAAGUCUGAGGUGAAAAAGAAAGAAAUGAUACCAGUUAGGAUAGCUGGUGAUUUAGAUAGAGAUAUGCUAGAUGGCCCUUUGAAUGCUCCUCUUGGUGUCUGGCGUUCUGUUGGAGUUUCUAAAGGAACAAAAACAAAUGCCCAGAAUAUGGAAAUUGGCCCAUCUGUACCUCACAAUUCAUUUAUUGAAGAAAGCAUGCUUUCUUAUGGAUUAAGGCAACCGCUACAGGAACUUCUUGAUGGCAUUGCAUUACUUGUUCAGCAAGCUACUUCAUUUGUUGAUGUGGCUCUGGAUGCUGACUGUGGUGAUGGUCCAUAUGGUUGGCUUGUAUUGCAAGAACAGUGGAGGCGCGGAUUUUCCUGUGGACCCUCUAUGGUCCAUGCUGGAUGUGGAGGUAUUUUGGCUUCUUGCCAUUCGCUGGAUAUUGCUGGGAUGGAGCUUGUUGAUCCACUCUCAAUUGAUGUUCAGGCAUCAUUGACCAUGAGUUUGCUUCAGUCAGACAUUAAAACAGCUCUAAAAACUGCAUUUAGCAGUAUAGAUGGUCCUCUAUUUGUUACUGAUUGGUGCAGAGGCCGCAGUCAAUCUAGUGAUGGAAUAAUAGGUGAUGGAUUUUCUGCAGAAUCGACUGCAAGUGCAAAUGAGUGUCGAGAUUCUUCUAGUACUGUCACACUAUCAGUUGGAGAGUCCAUGAGCCCAUCUCUGUCUUCAGCUGAUGGAUUAUCUUGCCUAAAAGAUGGAACCAGAGGGGACGAGGCAAGUGAAAGGCGGCUGAACCAAGAUCCUUGUGCAUCAGAGUCAGAACAGCAACCAGGCUCACGGUUGCGGCCCACACUUUCUGUAGUUCCAUUUCCUUCUAUACUUGUGGGGUAUCAAGAUGAUUGGCUCAAGACCUCGCCCAGCUCUCUACAACUCUGGGAAAAGGCUCCUUUUGAACCAUAUGCGACUCCGAAACAUAUGACUUACUAUGUUGUCUGUCCAAAUAUUGAUCCACUCACAACUGCUGCUGCCGAUUUUUUCCAGCAACUUGGGACUGUUUAUGAGACAUGCAAGCUGGGAACACAUUCACCACAAAGUCUUGGAAAUGAGAUGGAGUUAGAUUCUGGGAAGAUUUCUCCUUCAGGUUUUGUGCUGCUAGAUAGUCCUCAAUCCAUGAAGAUAGACAGCAGUAAUGCAUCUAUGUUGGGAUCAAUCAGCGAUUACUUUCUCUGCUUAUCCAAUGGUUGGGAUAUGACUAGCUUUUUGAAGACUCUUUCAAAGGUUCUCAAAACUUUGAAACUUGGUUCAUGUAUGACUACUAAUGCGAAGGAAGGAAAUACUGGCCCAUGCACUGUAAUCUAUGUGGUGUGUCCCUUCCCAGAGCCUCUUGCUGUUCUACAGACAGUUGUUGAAUCUUCGAUUGCUGUUGGAUCAGUCCUUCGAUCUUCAGAUAAAGAGCGAAAAUCUGUGGUGCACAAUCAAGUUGCGAAGGCCUUGAGUUACUCAGCAGCUGUGGAUGAGUCAUUUUCAAAUGUUCUAAGCCUAACGGGGUUUAGCGUGCCUAAGUUGGUAUUGCAAAUUGUGACAGUUGAUGCCAUUUUCAGGGUUACGAGUCCUAGUCUUUCUGAGCUUGUCACUCUGAAGGAAAUUGCUUUCACUGUUUACAAUAAAGCUCGGCGAAUUUCCCGAUCAGCCUCUGGUGACACAAUUCCAUCAUCCACAUCAGGAAGAUCUCAUCCUGUCUUGAUGCAAAUGACUUCACCUGUUCCAGGAAUGUGGAAGGAUCAUGUUGGUCCUCGAAAUGUGGGACCUCCUCACCGAAGAGGGAAUGAACUUGAUGCUACCUUGAGGCCGGGUACUUGGGAUAACUCUUGGCAAACAUCAAGAGGUGGUGGAGUUGGAUGUGACCCAAACAGAACUGCAGAUGUAUAUCCUCAAGAUGAGAUCCGUUGUUUGUUUGAGCCUCUUUUUAUACUUGCAGAACCUGGAUCCUUAGAGCAUGGACUUUCUCCUUUCUUUGGAUGCGGAGAUACUGGUCCUAAUACACAACCUGACGCACUGGAUCCAGAUGCAUUUGGAUCUGGCCAUCAAAAGACACUCCCAAGCCUGCAUUGCUGCUAUGGAUGGACUGAAGAUUGGCGUUGGUUGGUGUGCAUUUGGACGGAUUCGAGGGGCGAAUUGCUUGACAGCUAUGUGUACCCGUUCGGAGGAGUCAGCAGUCGACAAGACACGAAGGGUCUUCAGUCCCUUUUUAUCCAAAUCCUGCAACAGGGCUGUCAAAUACUUCAGGCUUGUUCUCCGGAUGGUGGUAUUGCAAAGCCUAGGGAUUUCGUGAUAACACGAAUUGGAUGCUUCUUUGAGCUUGAGUGCCAGGAGUGGCAAAAAGCUCUGUAUGCAAUUGGGGGUUCCGAGGUGAAAAAGUGGUCUCUGCAGCUACGACGAUCCCUUCCUGAUAAUGGGAUGCCAGCUGGUAGCAAUGGAACCCCAUUGCAGCAGCAAGAUAUAAGCUUAAUGCAAGAGAGAACACUUCCCUCCUCAGAAAGUCCGUUGUACGGUACUCACUCAAAGACAUCUGUUUUUGGGAAAGGUGGUAUGGGACAACCUUCCUCGAGAAAACAUCUAGUGGGUGGACAUUCAGCAGUGGACAAUUCAAGGGGCCUGCUGCAAUGGGUGCAAAGCAUUAGUUUCGUCUCAGUUUCUAUUGAUCAUUCCUUACAGCCAAUGUUUCAUGCAGAUUCAUCUUCUGGGGCAACACAAGGUAGUGGUGCACCUGGUUAUCUUGAAGGUUAUACUCCUGUUAAAUCCCUUGGUUCGACCUCUGCAUCCUACAUUUUAAUCCCUUCAAGGAGCAUGCGUUUUCUCCCUCCCGCAAUCCUUCAGCUUCCUACUUGUCUCACUGCCGAAUCCCCGCCACUUGCCCAUCUUCUACACAGCAAAGGUUCUGCAGUUCCCCUGUCCACAGGGUUUGUAGUUUCAAAAGCUGUACCAUCGAUGAGAAAAGAUUCGAGGAACCCAUCAAAAGAAGAAUGGCCUUCAAUUCUUUCUGUCACACUAGUCGAUUAUUAUGGAGGUAGUAACAUCACCCAAGAGAAAUUGGGGAAGGGUUCUGUCAAACCGUCAGGAAGGGGUUUGAGCUCUGAUGCCAAAGAGUUCGAGGUAGAGACUCGUAUGAUUCUUGAAUCUAUAGCAGCAGAACUUCACGCGUUAUCAUGGAUGACAGUAAGUCCAGCUUACUUGGAAAGAAGAUCAGCUUUGCCUUUCCAUUGUGAUAUGGUUUUACGACUGAGAAGGCUUCUACAUUUCGCUGAUAAAGAACUAUCUCGUCUUCCAGAGAAGGCACAACCGUAA